UGCGGGGAGCACAUUUCACGGGGGCAGUGCUGGCUCUCUAACACUCACACACACACACACACUCACACACACUCAUGCAGUUACGGAACUCCCGGACACACACACAGGCAUGCUCGCACACUGACACACUCCCACCAUACAGACACUAUCUCCAGUGCGUACUCUCCUCUCCAGCAGAUACACAUUACCCCUGAGCCGGAUGCCUCUCUUUAACGGACAGGAACAAACUGCUUUGAGGAUUUAACUUGGCUUUCUCAUAAAAAGGGAGCGAGAACAGACAGAAAAGGAGGGGUUUGUUUGGGAACACCUUCUUCCGUGGGAAAUGGUCAACUUGUCAGCAUGACACCUUGUCUGGAUUCCCCUCUCCUCCUCAGGCAAAAAUCCUGAAAAUGAUGGAUGACAACAAGCAGUUGGCCCAGCGCAUCGAUGGUGCAAUCCAGUCAGCCAGCCAGGAGGUGACCAACCUGCGGUCAGAGCUGAGCGCCACCAGCCGAAGACUGGCCGAGCUGGGGGCAACCGACUCCUCUGCCAGCAUGGUUGAGACCCUGCAGCACAACCACAACGAUCCCUCUCCCCAUCCGAGGCAGAAGCCUCCAGCCACUGACCUCAGCUACAAGACUGAAAUCAGCAGCCUCAUGGACUUCAACUCUCCAGAUGCCUCCCUGGACAAAGUCCUGCUGCGUGAGGAGGUGGCCCAGCUCCAGGAGGAGGUGCACCUGCUCAGGCAGAUGAAGGACAUGUUGAGUAAGGACCUGGAGGAGACCCAGGGAGGCUGCUCAGCCGACGUGCUCUCCGCCACCGAACUCCGUGUGCAGCUGGCUCAGAAGGAGCAGGAGCUGGACAGAGCCAAGGAGGCCCUGCAAGCCAUGAAGUCGGACCGUAAGCGUCUGAAGGCAGAGAAAGCAGACCUGGUGAACCAGAUGCAGCAGCUUUAUGCCACACUGGAGAGCCGGGAGGAGCAGCUCCGCGACUUCAUACGCAACUAUGAGCAGCACAGAAAAGAGAGCGAGGAUGCGGUGAAGGCACUGGCCAAGGAGAAGGACCUGUUGGAGAGAGAGAAGUGGGACCUGCGGCGGCAGACCAAGGAAGCCACAGAGCAUACGGGGAUGCUGCGCUCUCAGCUCGACCUCAAGGAGAACCGCAUCAAGGAGCUGGAAGCUGAACUGGCCAUGAUGAGUAACUGUGUCAAUCAGAGAAUGGAGUUCCGGGUGUUUGAGCGGCUUGCGGACAGGGACUACUCUUCUAGGGUCAUGGCGGCCAAACAGUCACUAGCCACCCUGACCAAGGACGUGCCCAAGCGUCACUCUCUGGCCAUGCCCACGGAGACGGUUGUCAACGGCAACAACCAGGAGUGGGUGAUGCAGGCUGACCUCCCCCUGACUGCUGCCAUCAGACAGAGUCAGCAGACCCUCUAUGUCCACACAGGGCAUCCCACUGACAGGCAAGUGGCUGCCGUGCGGGUGAGCCCAUGCCACUCGCGCCAGCCCUCCAUCAUCUCCGACGCCUCAGCGGUGGAGGGAGACCGGUCAUCCACACCCAGCGACAUCAACUCACCACGUCAUCGGACUCACUCCCUCUGCAAUUCCCUAGAAGAUCUGGAGGAGGCGAAGCGUAAGAAGAAGAAAGAGAAGAUGGGGCUGGGCUCUUUGUCGCGUGUCUUCGCCCGGGGAAAGCAGCGCAAGUCCCUCGACCCUGGUUUGUUUGAUGGUACUUCAACACCUGAUUAUUACAUAGAGGAAGAUGCAGACUGGUAAAGCACACAUGUCCGAGCGAACCAGCUGGAGAGCCAUUAUGGCAAUUAUCAGAAGACAUAAUUGUUUUGACGUGUGUGUGUGUGUGUGCGCGUGCGUGCGUGCGUGCGUGCGUGCGUGCG